GUAAAUAUCAAAAUAAUCACGCAUCACUUUCUAACAGCCAAGUACGUACUAGUAUGAUUUUGUGCUAGCAUUUUGUCUCCCCCCACUCUAUUAUAACGCCUCUAAAUGUCUGUUCUCUGUCCACCGACAACAUACCUUCCACCGAUCGCCAAGAUCGCGAGUUUCUCUGCCACCCAGCUUCUCGAUGCCUUGACAUAUCUACAGUCACUUUACCAUCCAGAAGUCCGUGGCUCGCGUCGCAAACGUGCGCAGGUGCCUAUGUCUAAUGGAGAGCAAAAUUUACGCCUUCGCCAUGAAGAUGAUGGUCAACUUGAACUCCACGCUAUCAGAUCUGACGCAUUCGAGCGCUCGUAUUCCAUUCGGUGGCUUACCACUCUUAUCGCACAGCUCGAAGUCUGGCAAGACUUAUCACAUUCCAAAAAAGUCUCAUUGGAUGAUCUCGGGAUACCAGGGCAUAGUUUGGCUCACACAGAGAUGAUCGUUCAACAAGCCGCGUCGCUACUCGCGAUUUGUGCUGGGGUUGCUGCUGCUGGAAUGAUUACCCGUCACUUUAUUUUUAAUUCCAUAGACGGGCAGAGGCGAGUGGAAGCUCAGCUUACAGACAUUCCGCUGGACAAUAAUGAUUACGGAAGUGUGGGAGCGCAGACAUGGGGCGGGGCAUGUGUCUUGGCAGAAAUGAUUGUGGAUGAUCCUGAGCGGUUUGGACUGGAUUCUUCUCACUGCACCGAAUCACGCAGGCUUAACGUCCUUGAGCUUGGAGCAGGAACAGGGUUGGUUAGCGUAGUGGUUAUGAAGUUACUGGAUAGAUUGCCAUCUUCCAACCAUCGCGAGGUUCAUGUAGUUGCGACCGAUUUCCACCCCUCCGUAUUAGCCAACCUCAAGUCAAACGUUAACGCGAAUGUCCCCUCCACGCAUAAUCAAAUUACCCCGACACAUUCCGUCACCACUCAUUUCCUCGACUGGUCAUCAUUCUCUACUGCUCCUCGACCAGAUUGUCUUUCGUACCCAUUUGAUGUGAUUCUUGGUGCAGACAUCAUAUACGAAGCUCAACACGCGGUCUGGAUCAGGGACUGUCUCAAAGGGCUCAUGCGGCGUCCUUCUGAUAGCACCAUAUCUCCCGCUGCUUUUCAUCUCGUGAUACCACUUCGUUCAACACACACAUUCGAGUCAAGCACGGUUGAGUCCGUCUUUCUCAAGGCAUGUGAUGCGGAUCUCGUCAUACUCUCGAAGGAAUUUAUUGCAUGUGAUGCAUAUGGUGAUUAUCCGCGAGGACAAGGUUCAAUUGAUGAAGAUGUGGAAUACAUUUAUUAUAAAAUUGGCUGGUUUAAUGCACGAUUGUAGAAUCAUAGAAUCU